AUGUGCCAAGAGAAUUUGGAAGCACUUUUAAUCAUGAGUGUAGAAAAACAGUUAUUAAAUGACAUAGAAAUAACAAAGGUCAUUGAUUAUUUAAAAGCUAGUUCUAGUGUUAUGAGUAAAAUGUUUUCUUUUGUUCAUAAGUCAAUUGGACACGGAGGAAGGAACCGUAUGUUAUUUGAACUUAAUAAAAAAUAUAAAAAUAUUACCCAAGCUGAUGUGAAGUUGUAUUUUAAUUUGUGUAUUCCAUGUCAACAGAAAAAAAAAUCACUAAAAAAAGGUAUUGUAGUCAAACCAAUGGUUUUUAACGAUUUUAAUAGUCGCUGUCAAAUUGAUCUUAUAGAUUUUCUAUCACAACCUGAUAGAGAUUUUAAAUUUAUAUGUGUCUAUCAAGAUCAUUUAACAAAAUGUUGUAUUUUAAAACCCUUAACUUCAAAACGAGCAGAGCAAGUCGCAUGUGUGUUAUUAGAUAUUUUUUGUUUAUUUAGUGCGCCCGCUUCUCUUCAAUCUGACAAUGGUAGGGAAUUUUGUAAUGAACUAAUUAAUUCAUUGCGUGAGAUGUGGCCUGAUUUAAAUAUCGUUCACGGGAAACCACGGCAUAGUCAGUCGCAGGACAGUGUUGAACGAGCCAAUCAAGAUAUUGAAAAUAUAUUGACAACUUGGAUGCAAGAUAAUAACACCAAUAAAUGGAGUGAAGGACUCAGAUUCGUUCAAUUUAUGAAAAAUAAAGCCUAUCAUUCUGGAAUUAAACGAAGUCCAUACAAUGCGAUGUUUGGAACUGACCCUAAAACUGGCCUAACGUCAAGUAUAUUACCACACACUAUACUACAAGAAAUACCAUCAACCGAAAAUAGAAAACGCAAACAAACAGAAGAAUCACAAAAUGCAAGAGACAACUUAGAAAUACAAGCGAAAAAAAUGAAAAAUGUAUCAAAUGCUAAAUUUCCAAAAGCAAAAGAAGGUUCAACAGUUCAACUUAAAAUUCCUGACGUUGAGGGGAGAUCCUCGAUCGAAAACCUUAUAGCGAUAUACCUCAAGAAAAACAAAUUCCUCUACGAUCUGCAACAACAAAACAAUCAAUUGGAAAUGGACAAGGUUUUUUUAAAUGUACUUCUAUCACUAAAUGCACCACUAAUCGAUGUACAUGCCGUAAAAAUGAGGCUAGCCCAUGGAUUACUCAUGUCGAAAGACGAACCUCUCAGCUGCGAAGCUUGUGGCCAACCAUUCACGGUCAGGAUAUAUUAUACUGACGGAAUGCCGUCCAUACGAAUAGGAAUGAAUGGACCUCAAGUUGACCGAAAUUCUCGACUCAAUCCUCGAACCCAACCCAAACCAAAACAAGAAAAUCCUGAAAUUUCUAAAAAAAACUAA